GUUCCGUGUGGCUCUGCUGAGUGAGCUGUAGGGAUGUUACAACCUCUCUCAAGGUACAGUCCCACGUAGUAGAGUCAGUUUGUCAAGGCACAUCUCUUCAUCUUGUCAAAGGGACUUAGAGAUGGAGUACAGGAGCUGACUUUGAAAGAAGCAACCAAGAACAGAAACUGUCUGAAAGAGCACAGAGGUCAGAGUUGCCAGGACGAGAGCCAGCCAGAAAGCUAAGCUCACAGAGGUGGGGAGGAACCAAGCCUUAAAGACCCAGCAUAGGUGUGGGGACAGUAUCCGAGUCUCCAGGUCAGGAGCACUGCUGCUGUCACUGAUGUUUGACACAGGCCCCAUACAAUCAACUGAGUCAGGAGGGCCAUGGCAGAACUGGUCACAGUGAGACAUUCAGUGUCCUCUUUCUCUUCCAAGUAGAUCUCCAUGUGGCUUUGUAAGAGGUUGGGGGUGUACUUCAGACUUGGUAUCCGCAGAUGGAGAGACUAAAGCUGGAGCAAAUCCAAACACAAUUGUGCAUCAGGCUGGUGGCCAUGUUGCUCUUGGCAAUAAUUUUUCUCCUGAGCACGCUCUGUGACCUAGGAUCUGUAUAUGACUCUUCCUAUGAAACUGUCAUCCCCGAAAGACUGCCAGGCCAGGGGAGUGACGAUCCUGGAGGGAAGGUGUCCUACGUGCUGUUGAUGCAAGGCCAAAAGCAGCUGCUUCACCUCGAGGUAAAGGGACACUACUCUGAGAGGAACUUCCCGGUCUACAGCUACCACCAUGGUAUCCUGGGGCAAGAAGUGCCCCUCCUCUCCCAGGCCUGCCACUAUGAAGGCCACAUAGAAGGGGUGCCAGGCUCCUUUGUUUCUGUCAGCAUCUGUUCAGGCCUCAGGGGGGUCUUGAUCAAAGAGGAAACAGCCUAUGGCAUCGAGCCCCUGCUCUUUUCCACAAACUUUGAGCACAUCCUCUAUACCAUGGCGCACCAGCCUGUGGUCCUCUGCAAUGUCACUCCUACAGACAGCCUGGGGGACUCCAGCCAGCGACAAGGGAGCAGCAAGACCGAUGAGCUGCUGGCUCUGUCUGACUUGUGGUCACACGCCAAGUAUGUGGAGAUGUUUGUCGUGGUCAACCACCAGCGCUUCCAGAUGUGGGGCAGUGAUGUCAACACGACGGUCCAGGCGGUAGUGGACAUCAUUGCUCUGGCCAACAGCUUCACUAGGGGAAUAAACACAGAGGUGGUGCUGGUGGGCCUGGAGAUCUGGACAGAGGGGGACCCGAUAGAGGUCCCAGUGGACCUGCAGGCUACACUGAGGAAUUUCAACUUGUGGAGACAGGAGAAACUCAUGGGCCGGGUCAGGCACGAUGUGGCACACUUGAUCGUCGGGCAUCGCCCAGGAGCGAACGAGGGCCAGGCGUUUCUCGAUGGUGCCUGUUCAGGCGGGUUUGCGGCGGCCGUGGAGGCCUUCCAUCAUGAGGAUGUCCUCCUGUUUGCGGCGCUCAUGGCCCACGAGCUUGGGCACAACCUGGGUAUCCGGCACGACCGCCCAGGCUGCACCUGUGGUCCUAAGCACCUCUGCCUCAUGCAUGAGAUGAUCAGUAAGACCAGUGGCUUCAGCAACUGCAGCUCUGACCACUUCCUCCGUUUCCUCCAUGACCACAGAGGGGCCUGCCUGCUUGACCGGCCUUGGCACCAGAGCCACAAGCGCAGAGAUGCCCAUUGUGGAAACGGUGUGGUAGAGGAGUCGGAGGAGUGUGACUGUGGUAAUGCCUGUGAUAAAAACCAGUGUUGUGAUGAAAAGUGUAAACUGAAGGAGGGCGCGCAGUGCAGUAAUGAACUCUGCUGUCUUCAUUGUAAAUUUAAGAAUAAAGGAGCUGUCUGCCGACCUGCUCAGGGACUAUGUGACCUGGAAGAGUACUGCAAUGGGACCUCUGCAGUAUGCCCCAAUGAUAGGAUAGCUCAAGAUGGCUCUAUAUGCCAGGAGUCAUACUUUUGCUUCGGGGGUCAGUGCAGGGACCCUAGCUCUCAGUGUUCACAUAUUUUUGGGUUUGGUUCAAGGUCUGCCCCAGAUGAAUGCUACACAUCUCUGAACAAAAGAGGAAACCGGUUUGGAAACUGUGGCCCGUCCUCUGACUCUCCAGGAACAUAUGUCAAGUGUUCAGAUCAAAACAUACUGUGUGGAAAACUUAUCUGUACAGAGGUAGGCUACCUGCCACCAAUCAAAGACAAGCACAUGCUGAUUCAGAUCCCGCAAGUGGAGGACUGGUGCUGGAGCAUGGACGCUUUUGACAAGACAGAUGCCUUUGAUGAGGGGUAUGUGUGGACCAACACUUCCUGUGGCACAGGGAAAGUCUGUGAGAACUCCAUUUGUAAGGACUACACCAUAGUCCCGAAUCCCUGCAAAGCAGAGAGUAUCUGUAAUGAGCACGGAGUGUGCAAUGAUCUGGGGAACUGCCACUGUCUGUUUGGCUUUGCACCUCCUGACUGCAAGGAGGAAGGCACUGGAGGCAGCGUGGACAGUGGUCCCACUGUUAUUCCGCCAGAUGAUUUUAACACGGGACAAAACGCUACCCAAUCCAGUAGAGAGGACCUGAUACUUAACCUAAAACUCAUCGUCCUGGCUGUCAUUCUGGUGCUCAUGAUACUCCUUAUAAUUACAUGCAUCAUAACUGCCUACAGCAAGUCAGAGCCUGCUUCUGAAGGAGAGCCUUCAGAGAUCGAGAAGGUUCCAGAAGAGGAGGAGGAGGGGGAGGCCCUACCCGAAGAGGAGGAGAUCAAGGAAGAAGCAGAAGAGGCAAUAGGAGAAGAGGAAGGAGAGGGGGCAAUAGGAGAAGAGGAAGAAGAGGGGGCAAUAGGAGAAGAAGGGGCAAUAGGAGAAGAGGAAGGAGAGGGGGCAAUAGAAGAAGAAGGAGCAGAAGAGGAAGAAGGGGAAGAAGAGGGAGAGGAAUAAGUGGGGGAUAUAAAGCCGAUAACCAGCUGCGCCUCUCGCAGCCUGAUAAUGAGGCUCCGGGGAGCAGAGGCUCGGGGACCAAGAGCUGCCACAUUCACUGGCAAGGGAGGAAGGAGCUGUUUGUCACCACUGUCUGUCGACAGCUGCUUACAUAGUACGCCAGUACUUUCCACAUUUCAUUUGAACUUGUCCGAUCACUUUGGAUAUUCUUGUUCUCGCAUCUAUGGGCUGAUUUUCUUGGUCACCAGCAACUGUUCUUCUGGACACGCUUUCUUCUACAUAGAUUAUUAUUAUUAAUUUUUUGGUAUGCAAUAUACUAUGUUCCUGAACUUCUCCCUAUUCCCGGGACUUUUAUCUCAAUAACAAUUACCUAUUAUGUGGACAAUUUCCAUGACCUUCACUGUUCUAACUUGCCCAAAAAGUAUAUAUUCAAGGAUGAGUCUUUAAUAAAACUACUAAUGUUAGUCACGUCUCAGGCCCCAGG